GCUCCGGAUUUAGCUCUCUUGAACAUGAAUGAAGAAUCUUUAACUUGUUAUUGGGACCAGGCCUUCUAGUGGAAUCUUCUAAUUCCUCUGCAGCUAUGCUGGCCCCUCGCCUGCCUUGAAGAUCUCUCUUUGUGUUUGUACAAAGUUUGUGCUGCAAUGAAUUCAGGCUUGUGGAGUCAAGAGAAAGGCGGCUCGUCUUAUUGGGAAGAGCGUAUAUUUUAUUUGCUUCUCCAAGAAUGCAGCGUUAUAGACAAACAGACUCAGAAGUUAUUGAAGGUUCCAAAGGGGAGCAUCGGCCAGUUCAUUCAGGAUCGUUCUUCUGGAGGACAUACCAGAAGUAUCCCCAAAAGUAAAAAAGUGCAAGUAGGAAUCAAGAUUUUGGAGCAGCCUCACGCCAUCCUGUUUGUGGAUGAGAAGGAAGUUGUAGAAAUAAAUGAGAAAUUAGCAGAGCUGCUCUUGGCCAUUACCAAUUGCGAGGAAAGAUACAGUAUAUUUAAGAACAAAGAUAGACUGGCUAAAGGUCUCCAUAUAGAGGUUGGUUCGCAGGUGAGAGUGCAGCUCAGAUCAGGAGACGAAAAAUAUCCCGGAGUUGUGCGGUUUAGAGGACCGCUGUUGCAAGAAAGAUCACUUUCUGGGAUUUUUUUCGGAGUAGAGCUUCUGGAAGAAGGCCGCGGCCAGGGCUUUACCGAUGGACAGUACCAAGGCAAACAGCUGUUCAGAUGCGACGAAGACUGCGGCGUUUUUGUUGCACUUGACAAACUGGAGCUGGCGGAAGAUGAUGACAAUGAACUGGAGAAUGACUAUGCUGCUCCAGUUGACUCCAUGCAGGUAGAACUUCCUCCUUUGGAGCUCAACUCCAGGGUUUCUGUGAAGAUAGGAAAGAAUAUAGAGUAUGGGACAGUUAUAUUCUGUGAUGUCUUACCAGGAAACGAGAGUUUAGGAUACGUGGUUGGAGUGGACAUGGACAAUCCGAUUGGAAACUGGGAUGGAAGAUACAAUGGACAGCAGCUGUGCAGUUUUGCAAGUGUCGAGAGCACGCUUCUCUUGCAUAUCAAUGAUGUUAUCCCAGAGGCUGUGUCUCAGGACAGGAGACCUCCCAAACUUGCCUUUACCUCUAGAGCUGGCUGUGACAAAGGAUUCAGUCACAACAAGCCGAAGUCGACAGGUGCGCUCUCUGACCCUGGAAGCAGAAACAGAUCAGAGUUCUUCUACGCCUUAAAUGGCUCCUCAGUAGAUUCUCAGCCGCAGCCGAAAUCGAAAAACACGUGGUAUAUCGAUGAAGUUGCUGAAGACUCUGCAAAAUCCCUUAACGACUCAUCUCCUGGGUUUGGGCAUUCUUCGCCACCACUCCAGCCUCCCCCAACGAACAGUUUAUCUGCUGAAAACCGGUUCCACUCUCUGCCUUUCAGCCUGACAAAGAUGUCCAGCAGUAACAAUGCUAUUGGCCACAGCCCUCUCUCUUUAUCUGUUCAGUCGGUUAUCGGAGAGGGGAGUGCCGGGAACCCCCAGGACAGCCCGCCAUCGACCGUUGCGCCCGUCAACAUGCACGGGCUCGAAGCAGGUUCCUUGGCUGAAGUGAAGGAGAACCCCCCUUUCUACGGAGUAAUCCGCUGGAUUGGUCAGCCGCCAGGAGUAAAUGAAGUGUUAGCUGGACUAGAACUGGAAGAGGAAUGCGCAGGCUGUACAGAUGGUACAUUUAAAGGGACUCGAUACUUUACGUGCGCACCCAAGAAGGCCCUGUUUGUGAAGCUGAAGAGCUGUAGGCCAGAUUCCAGGUUUGCUGCGUUACAGCCCGUAUCCAACCAGAUUGAACGCUGUAACUCUUUAGCAUUCGGCGGCUAUUUGAGCGAAGUGGUUGAAGAGAACACUCCUCCAAAAAUGGAAAAAGAAGGCUUGGAAACCAUGAUCGGAAAGAAGAAAGGAAUCCAGGGUCAUUAUAACUCCUGCUAUUUAGACUCGACUUUAUUCUGCCUGUUUGCGUUCAGCUCAGUUUUGGAUACCGUUUUGCUUAGACCAAAAGAGAAGAACGACGUAGAAUAUUAUAGUGAAACUCAAGAGCUUCUGCGGACAGAGAUCGUCAAUCCUCUCAGAAUAUACGGAUACGUGUGUGCAACAAAAAUAAUGAAGUUGAGGAAAAUCUUAGAAAAAGUUGAAGCAGCUUCUGGAUUCACUUCUGAAGAGAAAGAUCCAGAAGAAUUUUUGAACAUUUUGUUUCAUCAUAUUUUGAGAGUUGAGCCAUUGUUAAAAAUAAGAUCAGCAGGACAAAAGGUACAGGACUGUUACUUCUAUCAGAUUUUUAUGGACAAGAACGAGAAAGUUGGCGUUCCUACCAUACAGCAGUUACUGGAAUGGUCCUUCAUCAACAGCAGUUUGAAAUUUGCAGAGGCCCCCUCAUGUCUGAUCAUUCAGAUGCCUCGGUUCGGAAAAGACUUCAAAAUGUUCAACAAAAUUUUUCCUUCCCUGGAGUUGAAUAUCACAGACCUUUUGGAAGACACUCCUAGGCAGUGCCGUAUAUGCGGAGGGCUCGCAAUGUAUGAAUGCAGAGAAUGCUACGAAGAUACAGACAUCUCUGCAGGCAAAAUCAAGCAGUUUUGCAAAACUUGCAACACACAAGUUCACCUUCAUCCCAAAAGGCAGAGUCAUAAGUUCAAUCCGGUGUCUCUUCCUAAAGACCUACCUGACUGGGACUGGAGGCACGGAUGCAUCCCUUGCCAGAAGAUGGAGUUGUUUGCCGUUUUGUGUAUAGAAACGAGCCACUAUGUGGCUUUUGUUAAGUACGGCAAGGGCGACUCUGCCUGGCUCUUCUUUGACAGCAUGGCGGAUCGGGAUGGAGGCCAAAAUGGCUUCAACAUUCCUCAAGUGACUCCGUGUCCAGAAGUUGGGGAGUAUUUGAAAAUGUCUCUAGAGGAGCUGCAUUCCCUGGACUCGCGGAGGAUUCAAGGCUGUGCGCGAAGGCUACUUUGUGACGCUUACAUGUGUAUGUAUCAGAGCCCAACCAUGAGCUUGUACAAGUAAAAACCUGUUGACUGGGAAAGAAGGACACGGGGG